AUGGCUGCUUCUAUGUUUUUGGUUGCUGUAUUGAUUUUCUUGAUGAGUAUCUCAGCUAAAGGCCAAGGAGGCUUGAAAACAGGUUUUUAUGCUUCUUCAUGCCCAAAAGCUGAGGCCACUGUAAGGUCUACUGUACAAACACAUUUCAACAGAGAUACUACAAUUGCUGCUGGUUUGCUUAGGCUUCAUUUUCAUGAUUGUUUUGUUCAGGGCUGCGAUGGAUCAGUCCUGAUUACAGGCACAUCUGCUGAGAGGAGUGCAUUGCCAAACCAAGGAUUAAGAGGCUUUGAAGUGAUUGAUGAUGCCAAAGCACAACUGGAGAGCUUGUGCCCCGGGAUUGUCUCAUGCGCCGACAUAGUUGCAUUAGCCGCUCGUGAUGCUGUGGCCUUGGUAAUUUGA